AGUGUGCGUCCCGGAAGCCGGAAGCGCCUGACGGCAGCUUUCCGGUGGUGGGAAAGUGAACGAAGCCCGUAUCAAAGCGGCGCAUCCUGAGGCAGGUGGGGUGCCAGUGGAAGCGGGAAGGCAGGCGACUGCUUACGGCCUGACUUGGGAGGCCGGCGGAUCAGCAAUUGCAGAAGCGGGCAGCGGCAGAGAGGGAAUGGUGCGGGGAGGCGCUGAGAAGGAGGCGCAGUCCUUCCCUCUCAGGGUUAGUGAAUGAGGCUCUCCGCCCGGGCCGGCCCGGGGACAGUGCGCUGUGGGUCCCAGCAUGAAUGCGGGCCCCGGCUGUGAACCCUGCACCAAGCGACCCCGCUGGGGCGUCGCUGCAACUUCGCCGGCUGCUUCCGACGCCCGGAGCUUUCCCAGCAGGCAGAGGCGCGUCCUCGACCCCAAGGACGCUCACGUGCAGUUCAGGGUCCCACCGUCCUCUCCAGCCUGCGUCCCAGGGCGGGCGGGACAGCACAGAGGCAGCGCCACCUCGCUUGUUUACAAACAAAAGACUAUUACCAGUUGGAUGGACACUAAAGGAAUCCAGACGGCGGAAUCAGAAAGUUUGGAUAGUAAAGAAAACAACAAUACAAGAAUAGAAUCCAUGAUGAGUUCUGUACAAAAAGAUAACUUGUACCAACAUAAUGUAGAAAAAUUAGAAAAUGUUUCUCAGCUACGUCUUGAUAAGUCACCCACUGAAAAAAGUAUGCAGUAUUUGAACCAGCAUCAGACUGCAGCAAUGUGUAAGUGGCAAAAUGAAGGGAAACACAUGGAGCAGCUUUUGGAAGGUGAACCUCAGACAGUAACUCUGGUAUCAGAGCAGUUUAGUAAUGCUAACAUUGAUCAGUCACCUCAAAAUGAUGAUCACAGUGACACAGACAGUGAAGAAAAUAGAGACAAUCAACAGUUUCUCACAACUGUAAAGCUUACAAAUGCAAAGCAGGCUACAGAAGAUGAACAGGCCAGAGAAGCCAGAAGCCACUGGAGGUGUAGCAAGUCUUGCCAUCCUGGGGAAGACUGUGCAAGUUGUCAGCAGGAAGAGACAGACGUGGUGCCAGAGAGUCCAUUAUCAGAUGUUGGCUCUGAGGACCUUGGUACUGGACCAAAAAAUGACAACAAAUUGAAUAGACAAGAAAGUUGCCUAGGAAAUUCUCCUCCAUUUGAGAAGGAAAGUGAACCUGAGUCACCAAUGGAUGUAGAUAAUUCCAAAAAUAGUUGUCAAGACUCAGAAGCAGAUGAGGAGACAAGUCCAGGUUUUGAUGAACAAGAAGAUGUUAGUUCCUUCCAAACAGCAAAUAAAUCUUCAAGGUUCCAAGCAAGAGAAGCUGACACUGAAUUUAGGAAACGGCACUCUACUAAGGGAGGCGAAGGUAGAUUACAUUUCCAAUUUGAAGGAGGAGAGAGUCGCACUGGAUUGAAUGAUUUAAAUGCUAAACCACCUGGAAAUAUUUCCAGCCUGAAUGUAGAAUGCAGAAAUUUCAAGCAACAUGGAAAAAAGGAUUCUAAAAUCACAGAUCAUUUCAUGAGAAUGCCCAAAGCAGAGGACAGAAGAAAAGAACAGUGCGAGACCAGACAUCAAAGAACAGAAAGGAAGAUCCCUAAAUACGUUCCACCUCACCUUUCUCCAGAUAAGAAGUGGCUUGGAACUCCCAUUGAGGAGAUGAGAAGAAUGCCUCUGUGUGGGAUCCGGCUGCCUCUCUUGAGACCAUCUGCCAAUCACACCGUCACUAUUCGGGUAGAUCUUUUGCGAGCAGGAGAAGUUCCUAAACCUUUUCCAACACAUUAUAAAGAUUUGUGGGAUAACAAGCAUGUUAAAAUGCCUUGUUCAGAACAAAAUUUGUAUCCCAUAGAAGAUGAGAAUGGUGAGCGAACUGCCGGGAGCCGGUGGGAGCUCAUUCAGACUGCACUUCUCAACAAAUUUACACGACCCCAAAACUUGAAGGAUGCUAUUCUGAAGUACAAUGUCGCAUAUUCUAAGAAAUGGGACUUUACAGCUUUGAUUGAUUUCUGGGAUAAGGUACUUGAAGAAGCAGAAGCUCAACAUUUAUAUCAGUCCAUUUUGCCUGAUAUGGUGAAAAUUGCACUCUGUCUGCCAAAUAUUUGCACCCAGCCAAUACCGCUCCUGAAACAGAAGAUGAAUCAUUCCAUCACAAUGUCACAGGAACAGAUUGCCAGUCUUUUAGCUAAUGCUUUUUUCUGCACAUUUCCACGACGAAAUGCUAAGAUGAAAUCGGAGUAUUCUAGUUACCCAGACAUUAACUUCAAUCGGUUGUUUGAGGGACGUUCAUCAAGGAAACCAGAGAAACUUAAAACGCUCUUCUGCUACUUUAGAAGAGUCACAGAGAAAAAACCUACUGGGUUGGUGACAUUUACAAGACAAAGUCUUGAAGAUUUUCCAGAGUGGGAAAGAUGUGAAAAACCCUUGACACGAUUGCAUGUCACUUACGAAGGUACCAUAGAAGGAAAUGGCCGAGGCAUGCUACAGGUGGAUUUUGCAAAUCGUUUUGUUGGAGGUGGUGUAACCAGUGCAGGACUUGUGCAAGAAGAAAUCCGCUUUUUAAUCAAUCCUGAGUUGAUUGUUUCACGGCUCUUCACUGAGGUGCUGGAUCACAAUGAAUGUCUAAUUAUCACAGGUACUGAACAGUACAGUGAAUACACAGGCUAUGCUGAGACAUAUCGUUGGGCCCGGAGCCAUGAAGAUGGGAGUGAAAGGGACGACUGGCAGCGGCGCUGCACUGAGAUCGUUGCCAUUGAUGCUCUUCACUUCAGACGCUACCUCGAUCAGUUUGUGCCUGAGAAAAUGAGACGCGAGCUUAACAAGGCUUACUGUGGAUUUCUUCGACCUGGAGUUUCUUCAGAGAAUCUUUCUGCAGUGGCCACAGGAAACUGGGGCUGUGGUGCCUUUGGAGGUGAUGCCAGGUUAAAAGCCUUAAUACAGAUACUGGCAGCUGCUGCAGCUGAACGAGAUGUGGUUUAUUUCACCUUUGGGGACUCAGAAUUGAUGAGAGACAUUUACAGCAUGCACACUUUCCUUACUGAAAGGAACCUCACUGUUGGAGAAGUAUAUAAGCUGUUGCUACGAUAUUACAAUGAAGAAUGCAGAAACUGUUCCACCCCUGGACCAGACAUCAAGCUUUAUCCAUUUAUAUACCAUGCCAUCGAGUCCUGUGCAGAGACAACUGACCAGCCAGGGCAAAGGACAGGGACCUGAGGAGCCAAGCAAAUAGCGUCUCCUCCCACCUCCCACCAGAGAUGUCCUGUUUGAGCUGUCAGGUGUAAUAUAUGAAUUGAUUUAAGUUAAUAUAAAUGUGUAUAUAAUCCACAUUUGUAGUCAAGGACUCAGUCUCUUCCACGUGUAUGCAGUUGUCAGUUGGUAUAUCUAGGCCCCCUCCAUCCUGACUCAUGUGGACUUAGAUAUGUUUUGUUUCUGUUUUCUUCUAUUUCAGUCUUCAUUCUUUGAUUCGUAUUUCUUUUGUCCAUCAGAUCUCUUGUGAAAUCCCAUGAAAGGUUGUGCUCAUUCUGUCAGGUUUCUUUCUUCCUGCCCAUAUAUUAUACCAGUUGCUUCUGCAGCCUGCAGAUGCCAGUGAUGGCCAGGAAACAAGUUGAAAUCCAGGAAUCUCUUUAACUGAUUUUGCUAAAAAUCUCCCUAUGAGCCUUCCACUCAACUCUUACUAUGCUUGCAUUAAGUUUUUAAAAUCUGAAAAUUAAGAAUUAGGGGUUUUUUUCAUAUAUGUUGCAUAAUGCAAACCUCCUAGGUUAAAAUCGUUUUUUUAUUUAAGAUAAAUAAUUUUCAGAAAUUGCCCUUUUGAGACAUCACCUUUAUAACGGUUUGUCUUUUUUCCUCUGAUCAGUUUUUACUGAUACCAUUUUUGGAAACUGAGAUGAAAGGAAAUGUGGAAUAAAAGAGGGUUUUCCCAACGUGGUAUAAAGAAAACAGAUUCAAGAGGAUUGAAGGGUUUUUUGUUGUUGUUUUGUUUUUUUUUAAUUUCUUGGUACUUUUUUUCUUUUUAAAUUAGAGCCAAUGUUUGUUUUGCGGUGCUUGAGGCAUAUUCAUAUAACCAAAGUUUGGGAACUGGGAACUUCAUGCUGAUUUGUACAUAUUGAAGUUUCUCUAGUAUUCAAAGGUUAUAUAGUGAAUGGAUUUUCAGUAAUAAAUCAUUUUGUCAGAAACUCCUAUAUCAUCUAUAUUUUAUAUAUGUAUAUAUAAACAUGCUCUUUAAGUGUGUCUAUAUGUGAGCACAUAAAAUCUAAAUAAAAUUGGACUGGUGGGAAAUGAUUAG